GGCGGAGUAAUCAGUGUUAGCUGAGCUCUCUCACUGAAUGAAUCCAAGCAACCCUGCUUGUUGCUUUCUGAAAUGAAGGGCAGACUUUGUAUGAGCCUUUCUAAGUCUGCUUUAAUGUAUGAAGUUCCGCUUUGAAACACCAUGUCAAAUGAAGCCGGUUUGGAGCAGAAGCUUUCUACAACAACCCUCAGUUCGGUUGCUGUUCAGGCCGGGAACGCCAGUAUUGUUAUAGCUGUGCUGAAGUGUGGAAAAUGGGUGAAGCUUCAGCUGGCUGAAUCAACACCAAAUUUAUUAGAAAUUGGCAGCAAUCAAGAUGAAACCAGAAAACUGCUACAAGAUCAUGAACUCCUCCUCACUAAACUUAAGGCUUUGGAAGAUAAGGUGUGGGACCUGCUGCAUGAAGCAGACAAGGCUGCCGAGGAGAACAAGGAGAAGAGUCAAGUGUAUGAUGCCAUGGCAGAGACGCUUGGGGAUGCGUGGGAUACCCUCAUCAUUAUGUUAGAGAAGAGACAGGCACUUCUGGAACUUACUAUGGUGUUCUUUGAAAAUGCUCUGGAGUUUGCUGUUAAAAUUGACCAAGUUGAAGAUUUCUUGAAAAAUGCUCAAGAAUUUGACAAUAUUGAUAAUUUAAGAGAACUCCUUCUUCAACAGGAGCAUCAUACAAAAGAGCUCUUGGAAAAGUCACUUGCACUUUUGAACAAAAGCCAUGAACUAACUGAAUUCAUCGAAGAAUUCAAACGUGAGGGACCAAACGCAAAUACUGAGGUGAUUCAGGGAGCCCAGAGCAGCUGCUUGAAAAUUGACAGCCUCCUUGAACUGCUACAGGACAGACGAAGACAACUGGACAGAUCUCUGAAGCACCAGCGCCAAGGUCUGGAGCAGGUUCUGCAGAUUUGUCUGUGGCAUCAACAAGAGAACCAGGUAACAUCCUGGUACAAGAAAAACAUCAGAGAUUAUAUUCACAAGCAAAACCUGGGCUCAUCGUUAUUGGAAAAUGAAGAGCUACUUAAAGAGCAUAAAGAAAUGGAAGUCAGAUUAAAAGAAUGGAGCUCCACUGUGGAACAACUAGAGGCUGAAGCGGUUAAGAUCUUGCUGUCAGAAGACUAUACAGAAAAAGAACACUUAAAUCUUUCAAGUCAGAAAAUCCAUCUGUUGCGAGGAGAAGUGUGUUGCCAUAUGGAAGAGAGGAAAGCCUUAUUACAAGAGGCCAAUGACUUUUUUAAUACAGCUGGCAAGGCACUUGAUGCUCUUGAGAAUUACCUUAAAAUCUUUAACUCAGAAGGCUUAAGUUUGCCUGUCCUGUCAAUGAAGUAUGAUGAAUUAAAGGAAGAAAUUAAAGGCUGCACAGCAAGUACUUUGCAAAAAGGACAAACUUUAAUUAAUAAAGCAGAUUCUCACAGCUCUUGGGUAAUAGGGAUUCAGAAAAUGAUGGAGAAUGUUAACGAAAAAGAGGAUCAACUAAUCAGACAGUGUCCACAUGACAAAGAACUCAUGUUGAAGAAGCAACAACAGACUUCCUCACUUGAACAUCAUCUAAAUAAGGUAUCACAGUCAAUUAAAAAAAUCACCUUGAUGCUUGCAGUUGAUGUAGAGAUUGGUUCCCAUCUGUCUGAGUCAGAAAGAAUUUUGAACGAACACCUUGAGCUGGCUAAUCAAAUAAAGGAAACUUCGUGUGAACUGGCAGAAGCUGAAGGAAUCAUCAAAGACAUGAAAGAGUUUGAACCUGAGCAAGUAGCAGCUUUUAAUAGCAAAACUGACUUCUUGAAUGAAGAACUGAAAAAAGCUGAAAGAAAUAUUAGUACAAAAAUAGAAAUUCUAUCAACUUAUGUGGCCUUUUUAAAGUCUUCAUUGGAGGUGAAUGACUACAUUCAAAAUCUGAAGGAAUUCUAUCAAGCAGAGCCUCUACAAACAAGCAGGGAGGCUGAAAAUAAAAACACAAUGGAGUCAGUUAAUACAAAGUGGCAAAAAUCUAUAGAGAAGUUUUUUUCCACUGAAAAUCUGGGUCGCAUUUUCCUUAACUUAGUAAAUACGGUAAAUGAAGGCUUAAUAUUAAAAGUACAAAAAUCUGUACAAGUAAUAGAAGAAACUAUUAUUAAUCUGAGUAAAGAAAUGAAAGAACUGACUGAUCUUUGGGCAGUCUGGAAUUUUAAAAUUAAUCAAGUAAAACCCAUCAAGCAACAGUGCUGGAUAUUGGAAGAGCAACUAAAUAAGACUACACAUGGGCUACAGAUUCUUCAAGAGGCACUUACGCUUGCAUCAACAGUUGACCUUGGAAGUGAUCUUUGUAUUGCCUUAGAACAACAAAAACUUAACCAAAUGAAACCACAGUUUCAGCAACUGAAUGCUGAGCUUGAGUACAUGAUGAAAUUAUUGGAGUUGCCAAGUCAGAAAGGAUUUCCUAUGAAAGAGAAUUCUGAAAGAAUAAGUGAGCUUAUUCACCUUCAUCAAAUGGUAAAGAGCACAAUGACAGAGUAUGAUGAGAUUUUCAACAAGGCACUUAAAUUCCAUCACGUUAAAAAAGAACUGGAAUGUCUAUCAAAGUCAGGAGAACUGGAUUUUCCGGAAAUAACUGUGGGCCCUGAAGAUGUGCACCAUGCCAAAGCUUACCUUUUGAAUGCUCAGAAGAAACAUAUGCAUAUCAGACAGCUUUAUAAACUGGUUAUUAACCAGGGAGUGGAUAUCUUGUCUGCAGUGCAGAAGCCUAAUUGCUUGAAUGUUUCUGUAAAGAAUCUGAAACAAGAACUUGCUCGACUUGAGUGUGACAACAUUAACUGGAGCUCCAAAGCAGAUAAGUAUGAAGAAGAACUGUCACAGCAUUUCCAAUACCAUAUCUAUCAAGAGGAGAUAAAUGAGCUUAGGGAAUCAUUUAAGGACCUCAAAAAGAAAUUCAACAAUUUGAAGUUUAACUAUACAAAGAAAACUGAAAAAGCUCGAAAUUUAAAAGCACUUAAAAUACAGAUCCAGCAAGUUGAUACGUAUCCUGAGAAAAUACAGAUUCUUAAAAAGAAGAUAGAUAAUUUAGAGAAGAGAUUAGUGGACACUGCAACAAAUGAACCCAAUGUUAGAGUCUUCCUGGGGUCGGUCAGUGAGUUACAAAAACAGCUGAAUGAUUUUGGCAUUGUUGUGGAGGAUUAUAAGCAAAAUCUGGGCCUCACGGAGCAUCUACAACUGAUGAUGGAAGAGUGUCAAUUUUGCUUUGAAGAUGUUAGUGCAACAGUCAUUAGAGUUGGCAAGUAUUCUGCAGAAUGCAAAACCAGAGAAGCAAUGGAGACUCUCUACAAGCAAUUCAAUAAAUUUAUUGAGUCUACGGUGCCUCAACAAGAAGAAAAGUUUCAGCAGAUUAUAGAUCUGGCUAAACAGUUAUACGGUUUUGAAGAAGGAAAUAAGUAUGUUGAAAAGGCUGUAUCAAAGUACAAAGAAAUCCUUAAUUCUGUUGAUGAGUUGUGUAAAUCACUGAGAGAAUUUAAGGAGAUUCAGAAAGAUGAGUUUGCUGGAGAGCUGGUUACUGUUCAAAAAGAGGGAAAUAGUCGAGAAGAAUGUGAGGACAAAGCAGAUGGAAAAAAGUAUCAGAUGGGGUCAGAUAUGUUGCUUAUAAAUUCAGAAUACGUUACUGAGAAGAGAAACAAUAUCCUGUCUCCUACCAACACUAAACAGGAGAGGAAUAAAUUGGCUGAUAUUCCAAUUAUCUGCCCAGCUGGUGAGGAUCUUGUUUCACAGGAUACAGAGCUGUCAUCUUCAGCCAAAGAGGAUAGUUUACAGACUGAAUUCCUGGCAGAAGAAAUACCCUCCGGAGAUGAAUACGAGUGUAUAUCACCUGAUGAUAUCUCUUUGCCACCACUUUCUGAGACACCAGAGUCCAAUCUCUUACAUUCUGAAACCGAGCUAGAAGAGCAACGCUGUUGUAGUUCUCGUAGUCUGCAUGCCAGUUCAUAUAGCUUGCAAAUGCAGAAAACGUCUAGUGACAAAAGAUUGAUGGAAUCAUCUGAUCUCUUAACAAAUUCUGCUUAUGCCGAUGCUACAGUUACUAGAAUGGAAAGCCCAUCAGCUCAGCUUGAGAAGUUUUGUAUCUCUUCAACAGAUUCUGGUCCAAAAGUCAGAGCAGGUUUUCCUCUGGCUAGUAGUUUACGAGCAGUAUCUGAAGCUAGCACUGCUUCCUGCACAAUAAAUGCCAAACCAGCAUACAGCACGAUGAGUGAAGUGCGCAAAACACAUUUGCAACACCUUGAAAUUCAUAAAAGCAUGGCAGAAAUGAGAGAACAAUUGCAUGACUCAAAUAACUGUACUAAAACCCAGGACAGGCUGCAUGCUUUGCCUGAUGCAUUCUCAGGUUUCGUCUUUCAAUCAGACGCCACCAGAAGCUGUCAGAGGCAGAUGGUCACCCGAGAAGAGAUUAAAAGUACAUCAGAAAAGAACAGCAUGGCCUGCCUAACUGGACAGGCACCUAACUUCUCCCAGCUUCUGUCUAAUUUAACCGUCACGGAAGGUUCUCCAGUAACUUUGGAAGUAGAAGUAACAGGAAUCCCAGAGCCUACACUGACAUGGUACAAGAAAGGCCAGAAAGUGACUGCUGAUGAGCAUUUAAAGCUUUACCAAAAGGAGACAAAGCAUGCUUUAUUCAUUCAGAAGGUGUGUGAUAACGAUGCUGGCCUCUAUGUUGCUCGGGCUAAAAAUUCUAGUGGCACUAUAUCAUCAAGUGCUAUUCUCCAUGUGCAAGUACAAGGAAAACAGCCAAAUUUCGUACAAAAAUUUGGACACACAACUCUUCAAGAAGGAGAAGAUUUAAUCCUGCAUUGCACUGUACAUGGAAAGCCCAAACCGCAUGUCUGCUGGACCAAGGAUGAUAUCCAAGUGGUAGCUGGAGAUGUCAGUACUGAGAAACUAGGAGAUAACUACUAUCUCUUAAAAAGAAAUGUAGCCCUUGCUGAUACUGGGAAGUAUAUAUGUGUUGCCAGCAAUGAAGUUGGAAAGGCACACUGUUCCGCUACAGUAACAGUAAUAGAGAAAAAUAAAAACCCAGAAAUUUCCACUGUAACUCAGGCUAAAUCAGAAUGGGAGAACGGAUGCUUCUCAGAAAAAGGGAAUGUCACUGCAGCUGAACUUGCACGAGCCCAGGACAUGUGUUGUGUGAGAGGCCAAAGGCCAGUCCCUAGGCAUCUCCCAGUAAGGUUUAAAGAAAAACUCUGGCUUCAAGGAGUGUAUCUUGAGCUUGUGAGACCACCUGAUAUUAGCUUCAGUCUGGAACAUGUUCCUGGUUUACUUCAGCCUACUGCCAAGGAUCAGAAGGUGGACUGCACCUGAUUAAUGAGGGGGUUCAUCUUGUUUUCUGUGUCCAUGUGUGAUGAGAAAAUGAAUCUUUGAGUGCUAUUUGAUGUGUAUCUAGGUUGAAAUUUAUGUUUGCUUUCUGUAUAAAUCAUUAUUAAUAAAACUCAUGCACAGCAGUUAUUAA